AUGCUUAUCCCAAAGGCCGACCGCAAGUUGAUUCACGAGUACUUGUUCCGUGAGGGCGUACUUGUCGCAAAGAAGGAGUACGAAAACAAGCACCCAGAUAUCGACACCCGUAACCUUUACGUCGUCAAGGCUUGUCAAUCUUUGACCUCCCGUGGAUUUGUCAAGACCCAAUUCUCUUGGCAAUACUACUACUACACCCUCACCCCAGAGGGUCUCGACUACCUCCGCGAAUGGCUCCAUCUCCCCGCUGAGAUUGUCCCAGCUACUCACAUCAAGGUCCAAAGAUCCCACGCUCCUCCUCGUGGAAUGAUGGGAGGUGACGAGCGUGAGCGCAAGCCUUUCGGUGGCCGCGGUGGACGUGGUGGUGGAGAGCGUGGUGACCGUAGCGAUUACCGCAGACGUGAGGGUGGUGAGAGCAAGGAAGGUGCCGCACCAGGAGAGUUCAACCCAACAUUCCGUGGUGGUGCUGGACGUGGACGUGGAGCUGCCCCUCCUUCGUAG